UCGAUUUUACCAAACCGCGGUCUAUUGAAGAAAGGAAACCCCUCUGUCCUCCUGUCUGGUUUUCUCUGUCUUCCUCUUUGUGCGGUAGGUGGUAAGGCGGCAAUGGCGUCCGAAGGAAGGACCACUAUGGAGUCUGUGAGGAAAUGGGUCGUCGAGAACAAGCUCAGAACCGUUGGAACUCUUUGGUUGAGCGGAUUGGCGGGGUCGAUCGCGUACAAUUGGUCUCGGCCUAACAUGAAGCCCAGCGUGAAGAUCAUCCAUGCCAGGCUUCACGCCCAAGCUUUGACGCUUGCAGCGUUGGCAGGAGCUGCGGUGGUUGAGUACUAUGACCAUAAGACAGGUGCCAAGACAGACAGAUACGCGGAGCAGUUCAUCCCAUUGGAGUCGCACAAAGAAUGAAUGAUCAGAUAGAUGGUUUAAAUUGCUUUGCGAUUGUUCAUAAAGAACCUGUCGUCGCAGAUGCAUGCCAAUUUCCGUUGGCAGCGUCAAUAUUGUGUAAAACAUUUUAUCUCAUAAGUUUUAUCAAUUCUUUUGUGUGUUUA